AUGUAUCAUUGUUGAUGAUGAUGUCAAAGACUAUUGUCCGUUAAUGGUUGAUACAAUUAUAUGAUAUGAAGAAAUGAAGUAAACAUUUGCUAUUAUUCUCGAAUAAAACUGCAAAGAAAACUUUUUCGUAAAAUUAGCUAUAUUUUCAAGCAACAUUCUUCUUGAAGGUCUUUCUUGACUGUUUCGCUUACGGCUCGCAUCUAAGCAUCGGAAAACGUUUGCGUCUUCUGUCACAGAAUCGAAGAAGCAUACCCAACCGAGAAACCAUCAUGACUUUUCGUGAAACUCCCAAGGUUGCGCUUAUUACAGGGACAAAUGGAAUUUCAGGAUCCGCCUUGUUGAGACAACUUUCGAAGAAUCCACUCUGGGCCCGUAUCAUUGCACUUUCACGCUCCCCACCCUCCAAUCUCCCUUCCGACCCCCGUGUUGAAUUCCAUUCUCUCGAUCUCACAGCUACUGCUGGUGAAAUUGCCGAGGCUUUGAGUGCUAAAGAACUUACGAAUGUUACGCAUUUCUUUCACUAUGCCUACAUUCAUACCGACUAUGACCACCCUAACCACUUAGAAGAGAUGACCAAGAAUAAUGUACCCCUCUUCACCAAUACUCUCACUGCUAUCGAUCUCACUUCUCGUAAUAGUUUGCAACGUGUGGUUCUCCAAACCGGAGGAAAGAACUACGGUUUACUUACCUCCGCACCCGCCUCAGUGCCCCUAACCGAAGAUGCUCACCGGGUGACCGAUCCUCGUUCCCUCCCCAACUUUUACUACCACCAAGAGGACUUUCUCUGGUCACUCGCCGAAGAACGUUCUUGGAACUGGAAUAUCACAAUGCCGUUCUGGAUAUCAGGGUAUGUAGGAAAAUCUGGAAAUAGCUGGGUCACAUCCGCAGCCGUCUACUUUAGUCUCUGUCAAGCCCUCAACAAACCCGCCAUUUUCCCCGGAGGAGAAGAUGAGUACUAUGGGAAAUGGGACAAGGGACAACACUUCAGUACGAGUUGGGUAAUUGCGGAAUUCACAGAAUGGUUGUCAUUAAACGAAGAGCCUACAGUGAAAAAUCAGAAAUUUAAUAUUGUGGAUGACACGAUUACUACGUUUCAAGAUGUCUGGGAGGGACUUGGAAGGUAUUUUGGGGUUGAAACGAAGGUGGAAAGGAAAUAUGAUUUGAUGAGUGACGUGAAAGAGAUGGAGAAAGAAUGGCCGAAUGUUUCAAGAAAAUACGGAGUAAGAGACGAUGCGUUGAAGAUUGUUACAUGGGAUGCGUUUGUCCAUGCGAUGGACGCUGGGGAGUGGGGAAGUGUGGUUAAUAUGGAUAAAGCAAGUAAGGCAGGGUGGACGAAGAAGGUUGAUACUAUUAAGGAGAUGGAGAAGAUAUUUGGGGAGAUGAAAAAUGAUGGAUGGAUUCCGAAUGUCUGAGGGGAAAUUCGGCCCAAGAGAUUCUUCAUCGUCUAGAAAUAUACCUCGUAGAUUAAUUUAAUUUAUGUUCUUAGUUCACAUAUUCAGUGCAAAAAAUCACGAUUUGUCGCUUCCUCGGAUUGAAGAAUUUUGCACAUACUUUGAAAGUUG